CUGGACGCCAAUUCAUCGAGUGAAGGAAACUACCACGCAGCAGUCGUGAUCAUCGGUGUCGCAACCGGAGUGUGGAUCAUAUGCGGGACACCCUGGUUCUUCCUCGAGAAAGACCGUGCAGCCAAACUCCCUAAAGGAGAGACUUACUUCUCAGUCGGCGCCAAAGCAUACUACAAUGCUUUCAAACGUAUCCCUCGCCUCACACAGACCUGGCUUUAUCUUCUUGGCUACUUCCUCAUCUCCGAUGGCUACGCAACAACCAACCAGAUCUAUGGCAUCUGUCAAAAUGCCAUCGUUUCCUACAGCACCACAACUUCAACGGAGCUGUACAUUGUCCAAGGUCUUUCCAACGCUUUUGGGAUCGCAAUCUUCUGGCUCGUCCAGCGCAAGUACAAAACCCGCACGAAGCUGGUCCUGAUGGUAAAUUGCGGCUUCCUACUGGUAAUGCCAAUCUGGGGCUGUAUCGGCAUCGGCACGACUCGAUUCGGGUUCCACCACGUUUGGGAAGUCUGGGCGUUCUCUGUGAUCGAUUGUGCGGCUGUUGCUCCGUUCUAUACCUUUUCGGCUACAAUGUUGAGUGAUAUAUGUCCGAAAGGGAGGGAAGUUACCUUCUUUGCGUUAUAUGCGUUGGUUAGUAAGAGCACAGCGUGGAUUGGUCCGAUCGUGUCCGGUGUUAUUAUUGAUAGGACAGGGAACACGUGGAAGGGAUUCCCUUUCAGUUUGGGGUUGACGGUAGUGGGAUAUGCGUGUAUUUGUAUGGUGGAUGUGAAGAAGGGGAAAGAGCAGUGUGAGAGGUAUGUUUUGGAGGAUCCGACGUUGAGAAAGGAUGAGUAG